CCUGGCAUCAGCAGUAGGGGAGAGUAGAAGGCUGUCUGUGUAUGUGUCUGGCUGCAGUGUCGUAGGCUUGAGCCACGUUAAAAUCCCACAGGAGAUUAGAGCGGGAACACACGCUAGUCCGGACUCUUUAGAAAUGGCAUCCCUAGGAGAGAGCAACAGACAGGCAAAACAAAUACAACAGUAAUGAGGAAAGGAUGAAUGUUGUCUCAUGGAAAACCUGCGCACUGUCUUUUUUUUAACCCUUCUCGUUUCCUCUUUCCGUCCGUCUUCGACAAGCUCACUCCUCCCUCCCUCGCUCCCUCCCCAUCGCUCUGCUCCUCUCCCUUUCUCUCUCUCUCUCUUUCUCAUUCUCUCUUGCGCGCUCUCAGUGGAGGAAUGUAGAUAGAGGCUAAGCGUAUGCCCACUGCUUUGCACGAUAUCAACGGCUUGCUGUACGGCAGUGGGACGCUCAUCAGACGCCGUUCAGAACGGAUUUGCACUGCUAACGGAUUUGAUCAUCCACCGUCUCCUCCUGGACAACUCUGCACCUCCCACUGCCUCCUUUACCGGGUUUAUUGCUCAGCUUGCACGUACUAGGUCCGUGCUGCAGGUCCCUUGCUCCCUUAAGGAUGUUAUAAAUCAUCAGGAGCUUUGGUCGUGGAAAAGGGGACAUAUUGCUUCAUGGUCAACGCUUAGUCCCUCUUCCGUGAGGGAACCAGCUUUCUGGGAUAUGUAUAGCUGACUCAGCUCUCAAAUACAAGUCAGAUCGAGACCUUGAAAAAGGAAUUGGUGUGAAUGAGAGAGCCAGAGAGGAAAAAAUAUGAGCCAGUAUUUAACUUUUACUGAACUCCAUCUUUAAAUAUUGCAAUUUAUGGAGUGGCGAGAUCUGAGGAUAAAUCUAACGGUGGUGUCAUCUGCAAAAAGAGGGAUUUGAUAAUCUGACGACAGAGAGUGCUGCUGCAACGGCUGGUGCUCGGAGACAACAUGCAAAUGAUUUCACUCCUCCCUUUCCUUCCACCUUCUUUGCUCGGCACCUUUAUUUAACAUUUGUACCGUUUUGGUGAUCUUGCGGAGAGCUGGAAGUUGUCUGGACGUAUUGGUGGAACUGGACUAAAAGACUGUCCUUUUGCUGGAUUCUGCAACCGCUGAGAUUUCUACCUCCGGAAUUCUAUUGGGUGUAUGCGCUUGUCUGUUUGUGAGUGUGUGUAUGUGUAUUAGUUUGUGGCAGUGUGUGGAUGUGAUUUGUCUGCCUUGAUGUGUUCAUAAUUAUUUCUGUGUUCUUGCAGUUGUCUUUUACUUUCCGUUUUUUUUUUUUUUUUUUUUGUUUCCAAUGUCUGGCAUUUCUGGCCGGCGUUUCGUCCUGUGCUGUCCAUGUCUGCCGAGCACCCGGCCUUGGGGUUAACCCUUAGUGUGCCACAGGCGAGAUGAGUGACAGCUCGGGAACAGUGAACAACUCGGGGGCUAUGGUACUGGAGGAGCCCGAUGGGAGAGGUGGCUCCGGUGGACGUGAACAAGCCCAGGCCCCUGUGCGUGGUGGCAUUUUAAGGUGUGGGAGCUGUGCUCUUUGGCCCCGCCAACAGACCUGGCUCUGUGUGGUUCCGCUUCUCAUUGGCUUCAUAGGCCUGGGGCUCAGUCUGAUGCUGCUGAAAUGGAUCGUAGUGGGUUCUGUGCGGGACUACGUGCCCACAGACUUGGUGGACGCCAAGGGUAUUGGCCAGGACCCCAUCUUUCUGUCCAAGCCUAGCACUUUUCCUAAGGGAUCUGACACCACAACCACUACAACCACUAUUGGUGAGGUCAGCUCGGUCACCCCCACCGUCACCACAGUGGUGCGGAGCAGGACUCGAACGGGAACUCCUCCAAACAUUCCCCCUAGAGGCAGUGGGGCAUCCGGCAGUCAGGUGACACAGAAGAGCCCCUCUACGCGCUUUGUCACACGUAACCCCACCUUUACGACCACCGUGGCCUCUACCACCACGUCUACUGUCCAUACGUCCACAUCCAGCCCCUCUCCCUCCAACCCAGCGGUCCUAAACGACUCCACCCAAAUGUGGACCAGAGAGCAGUCAUCCGAGAGGCAUGUAACCACGCCUGGUCGUACGCAUGUCAGCCGCAAGACACCAUCACCAACUCUUCCGCCUUUGAAAUCAGAGCAUUUCAAGCCGUGUCAGGAGAAAGACCUGGCCUAUUGCCUGAAUGACGGGGAGUGCUUUGUCAUCGAGACCCUGAGCGGCCCACACAAACACUGCAGGUGUAAAGAGGGUUUCCAGGGCAUUCGCUGUGACCAGUUCCUGCCCAAGACUGAUUCCAUCCUGUCUGACCCAAUGGAUCACUUGGGCAUUGAGUUCAUGGAGAGCAAGGAGGUGUACAAAAGACAAGUGAUGUCUAUCACAUGUAUUGCCAUGGGGAUCAGCUUUCUAGGCACCCUCUGCAUGGCUCUCUACUGUCGGAACAAGAGAAGGAGAGAAAAGCUCCAGGCACACUUGAAAGAGAGUCGUAGCCAGAAAAACUACAACCUCAACUCUUCCAGCCUGGCCUCUAAACCCAGCCUUAGGCCUCAGCAAGGCCUGCAGAUCCAGAAAUAUUAUAAACCCACAAGGUCCUUGCCACCACUUGGAGGCGCUGUUCGAGAGUCCAGUUUUGCUCAAAGCCCUGCGGCCUCUACCAAUCCACAAGGCACAAUGACAGGAAAACACACCAGGAGCAGUUCCCUUUCUCAUAGUCCAGAUCAGAGUCGCCGUUCUGCUCUUCGGCCUGUAUCUCGCAGAACACCCCCCAUAACCAGAGGAUGUCUGAAUGCCAUUGGUGGAUCAAGAGAUUCUGGUCCUGCCUACCAACAUCUACAGGAAGUAGACAGCUCAGAGAGGGAGUCAGUGAGAAGGAACAUCUCCAGCCCAGGUAAUGACCUACAUCAGGAUUCCUUUUACAAUAUGCAAGCCUCACAAUCCUCAAAAUCUUGGAGCAGCCACUUAGACCACAGGUGCGCUAGGAGCCUCAGGUCAGGCGGACCUAGCCAGAGUCCUCCUGCUCCCUACCGACCCUGCUCUAUCCCAAUCAUCCCCUCCGUCCACUCUUACCAGGAUGAGGUCUCGUGUAUGCAAACUGCCCCUACUGAUGGAAGCAGCCGUUCUAGCCCUCUGGAAAGCAAAGCAGAUGCUUCAGCUGUCAAUCAACAGUCCAACGUAACGGUCUCCAACCGAGCGGCCAGUAGACGGGAGGAAGUGGCUUCGCUACUUGACGAGGCUCAGGAACAGCUCAGAGCGCUAGCACAUGCCCAGAGGAAACAGGAGGACAUCAGUAGCUUCGUCCCUCAGGGGGCCAAAGAGACUGUGUGCAUCCUUUUAGCAAAUGGGGGUGGACAAGGGGGAGUGGCCACUUUUGGGCCUACGGAGACUCACUUAGUGAGCCCGAGAGACACACACAAAGAUGCCACAAAGCCUGGCCAAUGAGGAGUUGACAGGACUAACUACAAACGUCCCGUGUGUCCUGGGGCUUCGGAACGCUCUGCCAAAAUACCACCGAAACCUACCGUUGAAUUUCUGAGGACCUGCUGUGGGUAGAAGCGUGGGAGAGUGGCAGUCUCGAACAUGUGAAAAGAUAAUUUAUUUAUAUGCAUUUAUUUAAGGAGAAACUUCUACUUAGAAAAAGAAACCAAAUAGUCUGUCAUCUCCAUGGUGUUUUUAACUGUAUAAAAUAUACAUAAAUAUAUAUAAAUGGAUAUAAAUAUAUGAAUUCAAACUGGUGACCAAGUACAAAAAAGGAAUAUGGGAAUGAGAAACUUACUUUUGUAAUGUAUCAGCUCCACAUUCUUAAAGACUUGAUGCUCGGUGGUUUAGAAAAAAAAAAAAUAUUUAAAAAAACAAAAAGGAGUUUUUCCACACGUUUCACUCAUUUCCAGCCAAGCUAAGCUUGUCCGACACACAAUCUUGUGUUUUGCACCUGCAGCAGCUGUGUUUACUAUCACCGUCCCGGUCACUGUCCUUUACCCUGCCAAGGAAUAUGGCUCCAUCUGCCUUUGAAAACAGUGGAAUAUGGAUUACAAUUGGACUAAACUUCAAAACGCUGAUCGUAUCCAGGCAUGAGGUAACUGAUAGUUAAGCACUGCCUCCAAGACAUCGAUUGGAAGAAUUUGGUGUGUCUGUCCAUUUGUGGAGCAAUCUGCAUUUUGUUUUUUGUGCCUCGGUGCGUUCACUCCUUCAUUUUGAUUCAGAUACGAGUAAGGAUAAACUAAUGGAACAGAGCACAUCCUGCAGCGCACCACCUGAGAUGCACAAACAGACCGUCGUCGCCUCUCUGGAUGGACCGAGGAUAUUCCAGCACGGGAUAGGGGGUGGGGGUUGGGGGGGCGUUCUCGGCCAACACAAGGAGCUUUGGUGUUUUUUUCUUUUCUUAUGGAAUUAUCUGCUGCUUUCUGGGAAGGUGUGUGGGAGCAGUGGUCACUAUGAGUCUGUAUGCUACCUUUGGAUUGGGACAUAAUAUUUCUGUGAAUUAACAACCAAAUGUGGUAAGCAAGAAAAAUUAACAAUGAAUCUUUGGUGAAGCUGUUUCUUUGUUAGUUUUGUUUCAUUUUUUUUUUUCUGACCCCCAAUUCACACAACUGUGCAUGUUGAUAGUAUUGUUUUGCAGAAAUGACUUACUGAGAAGGCCCACAAAGAGAAAAACGCAUUAUAAUUGACAUGCAUCUGCUGAUUUCAACCCAAAUCCUGGUAUAAAAACACAAUUGGUCUGCUGAGUUUUAUAGAUCAGUCUUAAUAGACCUGUGCUCAAUGACGGCAUUAUUUCGAACGGACUUUUUUAUGUGUUGUUGUUCCUCCUCAAGCAUUUAUUUAAGACCGCCAACUGUAGUUUGGUUUUAAGACCUUUGUUUUUUUAUGCAUGUUGCAUUUGUCCUUUAUCAGAGAUAGUGCCUGCCAUUCCAGAAAUAACUCAAGGCCAAGAUUAAAUUAAACAUAUCUCCUGGUAAAAGAAGGCAAAGUAAAGGUUAGCCUGUGGCAGAAAGGAGGUAUAAGGGCAGGCAGAUAAGACUUUCACUUGAUCUUAUAAAACCUUUCCCUGGCAAAAGCACUGACCUCAUCAGGGAAUUGAAGUGUGGAUGGCAUGUCUUUCAAAUACUACACAUGCCAAAAUGUAAUCAUGCAUCAGAAGUAGUCACAAAAUUACUACUGUAUAAGGGAAAGACGGGAUAGAUUUAGAUCUUAAAGCUAUACUAUUUCUUUAUCAGACAAAUUACAUUUUUAUUACAUACUUUUAUAAUGUAAGUUGGUUUAGGACAGUUCUAGGAUUUCAGUUAGAUACGAGUUGCUGUUCAGAUGAAAUUCAGAAGUUUCCAAAAUAGUAUGUUUGUUUAUGGAACCUUGUUUUCUGCCACUACAUAAAAAAUAAAAAAGGUAAUUGUGACUUUUUAUCUCACAAUUUUCACUUUUUUAUCGCAAUUGUAAAUUUACAUCUCGCAAUUCUGACUUUUUUCUCAGAACUGCGUGAUAUAAAGUCCCA